UGAAUGAAAGAAUAUUUAAAUUAUGGCUCUUAAAUCACCCAAAUUUUGCUUACAAAAUGCACGCAUUCCGUUCUUGUCCAUCUCCAUCCAAAUUCAAAGGAUCUUUGCUUCCUAAAACCAAUCCAUCAAAAUGCAGAGUAUAAAAACAGAGGAAAAGCAGACACCCUUUACACUUCUCUCUUCGUGUAAAGCAAUGGCUCUAUCAAUUAUCUUCUCUCCUUUACUUCUUUCAUUCUUUCUUUUCUUCUCUCUUUUGCAGCCAUUAACUUUUGCCACACAAAAGUCUUAUGUAGUUUAUUUGGGAUCACAUUCACAUGGCUUGGAGCCUACUCAGUCCGAUAUCGAGCGUGUCACAGACUCUCAUUAUGAGUUGCUGGGAUCAUUCACUGAAGGUAAAGAGAAGGCGAAGGAGAAAAUAUUUUACUCUUACACUAACAACAUAAAUGGCUUCGCUGCAGUCCUAGAAGAGGAAGAGGCAUCAUCUCUUGCCAAACACCCAGAUGUGGUGUCAGUUUUCUUGAACAAAGGAAAGAAACUUCAUACGACACGGUCAUGGAAUUUUCUUGGAUUAGAGGCAGAUGGUAUGGUUCCUCCAUACUCACUUUGGAAGAAAGCAAGAUACGGCGAAGAUGUAAUCAUUGGUAACCUCGACACCGGUGUCUGGCCGGAAUCGAAGAGCUUUAGUGAUGAAGGAAUGGGUCCAGUUCCAUCAAAGUGGAGAGGAAUCUGUCAGCAUGACAACAAAGAUGGUGUUGUUUGCAACAGGAAGCUGAUUGGAACCAGGUACUUUAACAAGGGUUAUGCUGCAUAUGCUGGCCAUCUCAACUCAAGCUUUCAAACUGCACGUGACAGUGAGGGCCAUGGAACUCAUACCCUAUCAACAGCAGCAGGUAAUUUUGUUCCAGGAGCUGAUGUCCUGGGUUAUGGCAAUGGAACUGCCAAAGGAGGAUCGCCUCACGCCCGUGCAGCAGCUUACAAGGUGUGCUGGCCACCUAUAAAUGGGAGUAACGAGUGCUUUGAUGCAGACAUCUUGGCUGCCUUCGAUGUUGCCAUAAGUGAUGGUGUUGACGUGCUCUCAGUUUCCCUGGGUGGGGAUCCUGCUGAGUUUGCGGAUGAUGCAAUUGCAAUCGGUUCUUUCCAUGCUGUUGCAAAAGGCAUUACUGUCGUUGCCUCUGCUGGCAAUUCAGGACCGAGUCCAGGAACAGUAUCGAAUGUGGCACCUUGGUUGAUAACAGUUGGUGCUAGCACAAUGGAUCGUGCCUUCACAAUCUAUGUUGCACUUGGCAACAGGAAGCACCUCAAGGGAGCAAGUCUUUCAGAAAAAAGAUUGCCUGCUGAAAAAUUCUACCCAUUGAUCAGUGCUGCAGAUGCAAAGGCCGCUGAUCAGUCUGAAGAAGAUGCCCUGCUUUGCAAACCUGGAGCACUUGAUCCCAAAAAGGUUAAAGGGAAGAUAUUGGUAUGCCUUCGAGGGGAAAAUGGAAGAGUAGACAAGGGACAUCAGGCUCUUCUUGCUGGGGCUGUUGGAAUGAUUUUGGCUAAUGAUGAAAAUUCUGGCAACGAAAUUAUUGCCGAUACUCAUGUGCUUCCUGCCGCACACGUCAACUUUACAGAUGGUGAAGCUGUCUUUUCCUAUCUCAACUUUACCAAGGAACCUAUGGCAUUUUUAACCAAUGUAAGGACAGAAUUGGCAACAAAGCCAGCUCCAUUUAUGGCUUCUUUCUCAUCUAGGGGGCCUAAUAUUAUUGAAGAAUCAAUCCUGAAGCCUGAUAUCACUGCUCCUGGUGUUAGUGUAAUUGCUGCUUUCACUCAAGCAAUAGGACCAAGUGAUGCAGAAUACGAUAAGCGUAGGACUCCCUACAACACUCAGUCUGGCACUUCAAUGUCAUGCCCUCAUGUUUCUGGUAUUGUUGGCCUUCUUAAAACACUCCACCCAGAGUGGAGUCCUGCUGCUAUCAGAUCGGCAAUAAUGACAACUGCAACAACAAGAGAUAACAAUGGGGAGCCAAUAUUGGAUUCAACCAACACCAAGGCAACUCCAUUUGCAGAUGGUGCAGGGCAUGUGCAGCCGAACCGUGCCGCAGAUCCUGGUCUAAUUUAUGAUCUGACUGUUAAUGACUUCUUGAACUUCUUAUGCAACCGUGGCAAUACCAAGAAGGACAUCAAAUUAUUCUCAGAUAAACCGUACACUUGUCCAAAAUCAUUCAGCCUGGCAGACUUCAACUAUCCUUCGAUCACAGUUACUAAUCUCAAUGACUCCGUAACAGUCACUCGAAGAGUUAAAAAUGUUGGAUCUCCUGGCACAUACAAUAUCCAUAUCAGGGCACCACCAGGAGUGACAGUCUCUGUUGCGCCUUCCAUCUUGAGAUUCCAGAAAAUAGGUGAAGAGAAGAUGUUUAAAGUUACAUUCAAACUAGCACCAAAAGCCGUGCUUACAGAUUAUGUGUUUGGGAUGUUGACAUGGGGAGAUGGUAAGCACUUUGUCAGGAGUCCUCUGGUGGUGAGGCAGGUAAAAGCAGAGCUUUUUGCGAUUCAACGCCGAAAGGAAGUUCUGCAAGUAAGAGAAACAAUGAGGCUCUCAAUGUUCUCUCCUUUGUCUCUUUCUAUUCUCCUCCUUUAUAUGUUUCAGACUCAGAAUUGUGCUGCCAAAAAGUCUUACAUAGUUUACAUGGGAGAAUCUUCAUUUUCCCCAUCAUCAUUAUCAGGAGAGAAAUCAUUUUCCGAGUCAUCGUUGACAACAUUAGAUGUUAAAGCAAUGACAAAAUCACACUUUGAUAUGCUUGGAACAUACUUGGACAGCAAAGAGAAGGUUGAGGAUCAGAUGCUCUACUCUUACACUAGAUGUAUCAAUGGUUUUGCUGCAGUUCUCGACGAAUCUCAGGUUGCAGCACUUAAUGAUAAUCCAGGGGUGGUAUCGAUUUUUGAGAACAAAGAAAACAGAAUGUACACAACACAUUCAUGGGAUUUUCUUGGAUUUGAGAAAAAUGGAGUACCUUCUCUCUACUCGCUUCAGAAGAAGGCAAACUUUGGAGAAGAUAUAAUUAUUGGAAAUCUUGACAGUGGUGUAUGGCCGGAAUCUAAGAGCUUUAACGAUGAAGGGAUGGGUCCUGUGCCAUCAAAAUGGAAGGGGACUUGUGAUGAUGGAGGUGGAGUAACUUGUAAUAAUUGCUAUACCAGAAAGCUUAUUGGCGCAAGGUACUUUAACAAAGGUUUUGCUGCUAACAAUGGCCCUGUACCAGAAGAGUGGAAUACUGCUCGUGACGAUGCCUCAGGCCACGGGACCCACACCUUAUCAACUGCUGGUGGUAGCUAUGUUCCUGGAGUAAAUGUUUAUGGUGUUGGGAAUGGAACUGCUAAGGGUGGAGCGCCAAAAGCUCGUGUAGCUACUUAUAAGGUAUGCUGGCCUUCCGCUAAUGGUGGAUGCACUGAUGCUGAUAUCUUGGCUGCCUAUGAUGCUGCCAUUUCUGAUGGAGUUGAUGUGAUCUCCGUUUCACUGGGCUCUGACGAGCCUAUACAAUUUUAUGAAGAUGGAAUCUCCAUUGGCUCCCUCCAUGCCAUUAAGAAAGGCAUUCCAGUGAUUGCUGCAGGAGGCAAUAAUGGACCAAGUGAUGGAUCCAUAACAAAUGGGGCUCCCUGGUUGUUCACGAUUGGUGCUAGUACAAUGGAUCGUGAGAUUUUUACCACUGUUACGCUUGGCGACAAGAAGCUUUUCAAGGGAAAAACUCUGGCAAGUAAAAACCUGCCGGAUGGAAAAUUAUAUCCACUAAUAAACGGUGCAGAAGCAGCGCUUGCCGAAGCAACACCUAGAGAUGCACAACUAUGCUUAGAUGGAACACUUGAUCCCAACAAGGUUUCUGGGAAAAUCAUACUGUGCCUUCGAGGACAAAGCCCGAGACUGCCGAAGGGAUACGAGGCUGAGCGUGCUGGCGCUGUUGGGAUGAUAUUAGCUAAUGAUAUUAUAUCUGGGGACGAACUUUACUUGGAAGCUUAUGAGCUCCCGUCUGCCCAUAUCACUUAUGCUGAUGGUGAAUCUGUCAUGGACUACAUCAAAGCAACCAGAAAUCCUACAGCAUCAAUUAGCCCUGCAAUUACAAAUUUUGGAGUAAAGCCAAGUCCAGCAAUGGCCAAAUUCUCAUCAAGGGGACCUAGUAAAAUUGAGCCAGCAGUACUUAAGCCUGAUAUCACCGCACCUGGUGUCGAUGUAAUUGCUGCUUUCACCGAAGCUAUAGGGCCAUCUAGAAGACCAUUUGACAAGCGCCGGAUUCCUUACAUGGUAAUGUCUGGCACUUCAAUGUCCUGCCCUCAUGUUUCCGGCAUUGUUGGCCUUCUUAGAGCUAUCCAUCCAGAUUGGAGUCCAGCUGCUCUUAAAUCUGCAAUCAUGACAACAGCAAAAACAAAAUCUAACAACAAGAAGAGAAUUCUUGAUUAUGAUGGACAACUUGCAACCCCAUUUAUGUAUGGUGCUGGACAUGUGCAGCCAAACUUGGCAGCAGAUCCUGGCCUAGUUUACGACACAAACGUGAAUGAUUACCUAAGCUUCUUGUGUGCCCAUGGCUAUAACAAGACCUUGCUGAACGCAUUCUCAGAUGGACCUUAUACAUGCCCUGAGAAUUUUAGUUUCGCUGAUUUCAACUACCCUUCAAUCACAGUUCCUGAUCUUAAAGGCCCAGUAACUGUUACUCGCCGAGUGAAGAACGUAGGGGCUCCAGGAACAUACACGGUUAGCAUUAAGGCACCAGCCAAGGUUUCAGUAGUUGUUGAACCUUCUAGCUUGGAGUUCAAGCAAGCUGGUGAAGAGCAACUUUUCAAGCUUACUCUUGAGCCUAUAAUGGACGGCAUGCCUAAAGACUACGAAUUUGGGCAUCUAACAUGGUCAGAUGGCUUGCACCGUGUCAAGAGUCCUCUUGUAGUGAAGCAUGUGUAGAUGGGAUUAUUGCCUACAAUCCUCGAUCAUCUCUUUGUAGAUCAUAUUGGAAAUGGUGGAAGAACAAGAGAUGAUAAGCUGCACAAGGAGAAGAUGUUCAUGGUAGAUAAAAAAUUUGUGUAUGAUGGCCAAAAACAAUUUCUGCGUUGUACUGAUACAUGCACAAAUGUAUUUUCAUCAACCUUUUCCAUCAUUCUAUUA